AUGCUAUUUGAGAGCAACAAGAUGCAUAGAAUGGCCCGUGACGCAGUGGAAACCAAUGUUGACAACAAUGCCAACCAUAGCAGCAUUGUACCUGUUCUAGAGCUUUCGGCAUUCCCUGAAGGCGCGGAAAUGUUUGAGAUACUGGCCAUCUACUGCUAUACGGGGGACGUCUCCUUUUCACUGGCAAAUGUAGCGGCCAUGCAUUGCGCGAUUAAAUUCCUAGAGAUGCCCAUUCAAUUUGGUUUGCAGCCUAUUUUAUACAAGGAAUUUGCAAGUGAAGCAACAAAUCGUUCAGUUCUAGUUAUUGCUUGUGAAGGGUCCUGUACUUACGCUAUACAGAACGUACUGAUCCAGAUUGCAUACCAAUAUCUACCAUCCAUUGUGUUUAAUCUCAUGAACCAGACGAAACUUUUAUCUGCUGCGCUGUUUCUCUAUUUUAUCAUGGACACACGCUUUUCUCUUCAACAAUGCUUUUCCAUGUUGCUAUUAUUGUUUGCUGCUGUCUUAUUGUCACUUGCCAAGGACGGUCGCAUGGACGACUCCGCCAUCUCCCUCGAGCUUGGUCUUGUGCCUGUACUGCUCGCAUCGCUGCUCUCAGGGCUUGGAUCAGCGCUUACGCAGCGUUCCAUGCAGAAGUACAAACGUGACUCUGCACUUGUGACGAUAGAGCUGUCAGUCUAUGGCAGUUUAUUCCUCAUGAUACCAGCUAUCUGGUCCACUAUCGUUAAGACACCAACCUCCGAGUCGUCCGAUGCCAAUGCUUGGACCAAUCUUGACAUGAUCUUUGAGGGAUGCAAGUACCAUACGAUUAUACCCGUCGUGAGUAAUGCGCUUGGUGGUCUGCUCGUUGGUACAGUCACUAAAUAUGUUGGUGGCGUGCUCAAGUCAUUCGCUCUCGUCUGCGGAAUUGCUUUCACGGCCUUUGUGGAGAGCUACGUGUAUGGUGCUGUGCUGCCUAAUGAAGUGUUCCUGGCUGCAGUUCUUGUUGCUAUGAGUAUGGCUAUUUACUCUAGCUUUCCUUAUGUGAAGAAGGUCGUCAAGGACAAGACUGCGUAG